UUCAACUGCCGCUGCAGCUGUUAAUGGAUUUUUCGCGCAUGCGCCGCAGCCAAAGGCAUUUAAUCGCAUUUUCCUUCGUGCGAAAUUUUCUCACAAUCCCACUGACAUUUGUGAGUCAAUUGUCAGUUGUGAAAAUUGCUGCAGCAGCUGCCGCUCCGCAGUAAAAAGUGUGAUAUUUCUUAUAAUUUUUCCAAAAAAACUAAAGAAAUUGUUCAAAAUAUUAUAAAUAAUUUGUGAAAAUAUUAUUUUCUGCAUUAAAAGUGGCUGAGACUGUGUAAAACGCCAGCAAACAGGCUGCACCGCAUUCCAGCCUAAAAGUAUGCAACGUUGCUGCGACUGCGACAUAUGUUAAGUAGUAACAGCGCAGUUUUGCAUAACCCAAAGGGAUAGCUGUCCACCGGUGCACACGCACUCAACUUUCAACACUUGCCACUGCUUAGUGCGUUGCCAGCAGCUGGUCCCGCGUACCGCCGUCAAUAUGCCCAGCACACGUCGCAUUAUACUCGGUCACGUUAUGUCGGGCUUGUGCUCCAAGAUGAACCGCACGAAGCCUGUGCCUGCGGAUGUCAUGGAGACGCCACUGAAGCGCUGUCUCAACACCUUCGACAUCACGCUACUGGGCAUCGGUCACAUGGUUGGCGCCGGCAUUUAUGUGCUCACCGGCACGGUGGCGAAGGAUAUGGCCGGUCCCGGCAUAAUACUCUCCUUCAUCUUGGCGAGUUUCGUCUCACUGUUGGCCGCACUCUGUUAUGCGGAGUUCGGCACACGCGUACCCAAAGCGGGCUCCGCCUAUGUCUACACCUACAUCUCGAUUGGUGAGUUUUGGGCCUUCGUAAUCGGCUGGAAUAUACUGUUGGAGCAUAUGUUGGGCGCAGCUUCGGUGGCGCGUGCCUGGAGCGGCUAUGUGGACUCGAUGUUGGACGGUUGGAUUGGUAAUACGACGCUGGCCAUAACCGGUGAGCUGCACGAGCAAUUGUUUGCACGUUAUCCCGAUGUGCUGGCAUUUCUGGUGUGUCUGGUUUAUGCUGCUGCUUUGGGUAUCGGCGUUAAGGCCACGGCCGUUUUCAAUAGCUUGUUGACUACUGUGAAUAUUGCCGUUAUGAUUUUGGUGAUCGGUGUGGGUUUCUGAUAUGCGGAUACCAAGAACUGGUCGGAGGCGGAGGGUGGUUUUCUGCCAUACGGCGUUGGUGGUGUUAUUGCUGGUGCGGCCACUUGUUUCUAUGCCUUUGUGGGCUUCGACUCCAUAGCCACGUCGUCGGAGGAGGCCAAAAACCCGUCUGUAUCUAUACCUAUAGCCACCUUACUGUCGCUUAGCGCUGUGACAGUCGGUUACAUAUUGGUUUCCGCGGCGCUUACGCUUAUGAUACCAAUACGUGAAAUCAACCCGGCUGCUUCGCUGCCCGAAGCCUUUGGACAGAUGAAUCUAUAUUGGGCCAAGUAUGUGAUCUCGAUUGGCGCGCUCUGCGGCAUGACGACCACACUUUUGGGUUCCUUGUUCGCCUUGCCACGUUGCAUGUACGCUAUGGCCUCGGAUGGCUUGCUCUUCAGCUGCUUUGGACGCAUCAAUACCACCACGCAAGUGCCCGUGCUGAAUCUUGUGGUUUCCGGCUUGCUAAGCGCCAUACUAGCGCUGCUCUUCGAUUUAGAGAAGCUUGUGGAGUUCAUGUCGAUUGGCACGCUGCUUGCCUACACCAUCGUCUCUGCCAGCGUUAUUAUACUGCGUUAUCGUCCGCUGGCCAGCCAGGAGCAUGCUAUCUACGCGCCCGACACACCCGACGAGGAUGAUGAGGACAACACCUCACAGUCCAGCAUCGAUACCGCCUCACCUACGAGUGACCUGAUCGAGUGUGCGCUCGCCGGACGCCUCAAACCACAAUUCCGCUGGCUGGAACCACUGCUCGGCCGCUUCGAACCCGGCGCCGCAGUAUCCGCUGCCGUGUUGCUCUUUGCCGUGCUUAGCUUUGCGAUUUGCUUCCAGCUCGAGGUAUCCUGGUCGGAACUGUACACCGGCACUUGGUGGGCGCUUUUGCUAUACGGUUUUAUGAUAUUCAUAGCAGGCGCUUGCGUUGCCGUGAUUGCGGUGCAUCAUCAGAAUACACGCGGUCUGAACUUCAAAGUGCCGCUCGUGCCCUUCGUGCCGGCGCUAAGCAUCUUCUGCAACAUUGUGCUGAUGGUGCAUCUGAGCGCGCUUACCUGGCUGCGUUUCUUCAUCUGGGUCGCGGUCGGCAUGCUGAUCUACUUCCUAUACGGCAUACAUCACAGCAAGGAGGGUGAGGUGUGCUCUUCCUAUUCCAUGUUAAUGACCUCAACGGAGGCGGGCAAGUCGCAUUGGGGUGCCACGGGUGGCGGUUUCACCAUCAGCCUGAGUGGCAGUGGCGGCGCCGGUGUAAUUAAGCGUACGGUGCUGCAGCGUUUCAUUGGCAGAAAAAUGGACGACAAGAAGCCGAUUGUGGAGGAGGAGGAUGUGGAUGAAGUGGACGACGAGGGUCAUACGUAAGUGACAGGCGGAAGAAGAAGUGCAAAGCAACAAGUAACUAGUAUGAUUUUUUUAAUUACUUUUACGAUGAAAUUUGGGAGCGGUUUGGAGUUUUACUUUAAAGCAUUUAAUGUGGCGCACAAGUAUUUUAUUAUUAUUUUAUAUUAUUUUUAGUAAAAGCGUGCUUAGCAUUUUUUAAAUGUGUCAGCAACUUUUUCUGUUUUAUUUUAUUGUUUUUUCGAUUGAGGGAGCGCCAAAUCAAAACUUCAACUUAUGACUGUGUCUACUUUAUGCCUUUCUUUGUUGCUUACUCAAGCGCCAGGCAAUGCUCAAACGCCCGGUGGCAUGAGUCAUGCCUCCAGCUCCAUGCAAGCACAGACGUGUUUAAUUAGUAUUUCAUUUUUCAUACGAAAGUCUGGAUAAAAUUGGUCAAUUCGCGCAAUUCAUUAUUAGUUAUCUCUCAGUCGGCCCAGUGCGGUUUUGUGACGUAAUAUUUGAUAAAAAUAUUGAAAUGUUUAAGCAUAAAGCUCUAGCGACCAGCCAGUUAGAGCUUUAUGAAUUAUACAUACAUACGUACAUAAAUACAUACAUACAUAUGUAUGUACAUACAUAAACACUA